CCAUCAGCUGCGACGACCCCGGCGAGAUCCUGAACGGCUACAAGGAAGGUUCCUGCUUUACCUUCUCCUGCCGCGUCACCUACCACUGCCGGCCGGGAUUCGAGCUCGUGGGGCGUGGCAACCUCUACUGCCAACACGACGGAACGUGGAGUCCCUCUGAAAGGCCGGCGUGCACCCCAUAUUUCUUUCAUUCUGUUUACCAAUCAAGUAGUUUUUUUCUCUUUUUUUUCUGUGCCUCUGAGCCCGAUGACCGCUCGCCUCCUCCCGCAGCCGUGCAGUGUGACAUACCCGAGGACCCGGAGAACGGCAAGAGCACCUUCACCCGCCGCAUCUACAACUCCGUGGUGUCCUACAAGUGUGACUACAGCUACAUGCUCGUAGGACCCGAGACCAGGCGCUGCGGACCCGACAAGAAGUGGAGUGGCGUUCAGCCCCAGUGUAAACAGAUCAACUGCGGGUCUCCGGGGGUGCUAUACAACGGGUGGCUGGAUGGCUCCUACACCACCCUGGGCGCCAAAGUCAUCUUCCGCUGCAACGACAACAUGUUGUACGAGGGCCACCCCGAGCAGCAGGCAGUGUGUCAGAGGGACGGCACCUGGUCGCACCCGCUUCCCAGGUGCUUCGCGCCUUGCAUCGUCCCCACCAUCGAGUACGGGCGCCUCAAGAACCGGACGCUGGCGGGGGCGCUGGUCACCCACGGCAGCGUCAUCGAGGUGGACUGCGACGAACGCUACGAGCUCGCCUACAGCCUGGCGCCUUCGCUCUGCUACAACGGGACGUGGACGCACUACCCCCGAUGCCAGCCAGCUCGGUGCAAGAAGCUGCCUCCCCGCCCUCGGCAUGGCAUGGUCAUAGCCCCGAGAACCGACCAUGGCAUGUGGGCGCGGUAUCGCUGCAGGGACGGCUACCAGCUGCACGGCAACGCAACCACCAAAUGCAAGUAUGGCAACUGGACGGGCAGCACCCCCACCUGCGUCGAAGUGUACUGUCCGUUCCCUGGCGAAGUCGCAAACGGCCGCGUGCUGUUGGUGGGUAACAUGGGCAUGUACGACUACCGUUCUUACGUCAAGAAGGUCCGAAACAAUCGGCAGAUUCGCUACGACUGCGACCGCGGUUAUUACCUGGUGGAGGGGCCGCCCGGAGCCACCUGCGUCGCCGGCCAGUGGAGCCCCAAGGAAAUGCCAAGAUGCGACCCCGACCUUCACCCGAGGAUCCGCUGGGUCAAGAGGUCAGUCGACAGCCGCGAAUACGAGGAGAUCCGGAACCAGACGGUGGGCGAAAGCCGCAUUGUAUCUGGCGGAGGCGAUGCGUCGGACCAGGCUCCCGCGAGCGACGACAACCGCAUGUUCGUCGCGGGCCCGAAGGAGCGGCCGCGGAAGCCAGCGAGGGGCCAGGGCCAGGACCCCAUCAUCAACGAGCACGAGAGGGUCAGGUCGUUCACCUUCAAGGUGAACUCGAAGCCAGUGGAGGCCGUGAGCACCAGCACGGCGCCGCCGCCCCGAACCACGAAGCCGCCGGCAAGCGCUGCCCCAGACACGGCCGCCCCGACGCCAGCGAGGACAACGAGCGAAGCCCCGAGGAAGGUCGCCCGGGACGCCCUUGAGGUGGGGAAGAAGCUAAAGAGCCCCCUUUACGACUUCUACCGGCUCUUGCGCGUCGAGAACGAUUCCUCCAGAGAAGUAGGGAAGAAGGAGGCGUGGCCCGAGCUCGUGCGAGUUCCGAGAGGAGCGGCCGAGAGAGAAAAGAAAGAGAAGAAGCGCAAGCAGAGAAACAAGUGGAAGAAGAAGGGGAAAAAAGUUCCCCGCUGCCAGGCCAUUCCGAGCCAGCCCUACCUGCGCGUGGAGGUGGCCCGCUCCGGCCGCGACAAGAACUACACUUACUCGGCAGGCGCCCGCAUCAAGGUGACCUGCCUGCACGGAUACGGCCUCAACAUCGGCAACAAGACGGCGAAAUGCGCCAAAGGCAAAUGGAAGCCCAAGAAGCCAGAAUGCGUAACGCUGCCCUGCUCGGUGCCCAAGGUGGCCCAAGGACAGUUCGACUUCAACGGAGAAGCCCUGUCGGAGGGUGCCACCAUCAGCCACGGGGAGGUUGUCAAGUUUUCCUGUCAAGCCGGCUACAAUGUUCUUGGUUCUGAGACCAUGCGCUGCUGGUACGGCGCCUGGGCGGUCACCGGCCAGAACCCCAAGUGCCAACCAGAUCAGUGCGUCCUCCCGAAGCUGGACCACGGGAAGUACACCGCAGGCUACAAGAAGGGCCUCACCAUCAUCCACGGUUCCACGGUCGAGUACAUAUGCGACGAGGGAUGGAUCAUGAGUGCCGAUGAGGUCACCUGUCAGCUGGGCAAGUUGGUGCCCUCGCCCCCCGCCUGCAUCGCCCCCGCCCGCUCCAUCAGCGUCAUGAACAUCGCCCCCGCGCCCGUCAAGAGGGAGGGCCCUCCAGACGGGGACAUUCCGGACGAGGAGGACUCGAAGGACAAGAAGAGGACGUGCGGGGCGCCUCCCGACGUGCUGGGCGCCUUGGCCUACCGCGGAGACCAGCUCGUGGCCACCGACGCGGUCAAUGCUGACUACCCACAUCUGGACCAAGACCAAAGGCACUCGGACGGGACACAGAUCAACUACGCCUGCGACGCCAGCCUGACCACCGAGAACUACACCUGGAUGAUCAGCUGCCAGGACGGGAUAUGGGACGGUGAGCCUCCCGUCUACAUGCCCUGCGGAGACGGCAUCCCUCCGGUCAUAGACUUCGGCAACAUCUCCUGCAUCUGGAGGAAAACGGAGCCGAACGUGGUCACCUUCUACAACGACCAGGAAGUCACGGAGGAGAUGGUCGAGUUCGAGCCCGGGGCUAAGCUGGUGUCUCGCUGCGUUGACAUUGGCAAGUACGCCCUGGAGGGAAGUGUUGAGCGCCAGUGCAUUCACGGGCAGUGGACGGGAAACAAGUCUGUCUGCGUUGGCCUUAACCAGGAGAGCAACUACUCUCUGGACAAGCCGCCGACCAUCUUGUUCCGCAACGAGAAGGGCCCCAUGGCACAGAGCAACGACGGGAAGCUGGUGGUCUACCCUGGCACUGUCCUCCAUCUCGAGUGCCUCUUCACGCGCCGCCACGGAACGCCCAACUGGAACGUCUCCCUUGCUAGCGCGCCUUAUCCGAACGGCUGGGCGAACGCUCCCAACCGGAACAUACAGCUGGAAUACCGCCUCUCGAUCUACCGGGCGCAGCCGAAGGACUCCGGAUCCUACGCCUGUGUCACCCCCAAAGGACACAAGCACGUCGUUACCCUGGACAUUCGCCGUAAGUUUUCGGACGUGGAGUGCGGUGUGUCAGGAUCUCUUGGUGUGCACUGCCCGAAUAUCAACGUGAACGAAUCGGACAAGGUGAUCUUCGAGCCCAACGAGACGAAGAUGAACACAAUCGUCAAGUUCUCCUGCGAAGUCGGAUACUCUCUCGUCGGCGCGUCGGAAAUCAAGUGUCUGCCGUCGGGUAACUGGUCGGCUCCUUUCCCGCGCUGCGAGGUUAAUGUUUAUGAAUCUGUUGAGGGACCUCCUUCGUCUGAGCACCACUUGAAUGGAGAGCACAUGCAAGGGGAAGGCCUCGAAGCAGAUCGGUCCAUGCUCUACAUAGAGUGCCCGGACCCUCGCGAGAGCCCCACUGACCCACUCCUGCGGGUGACGGUCGUAGCGCGGGGCGUGGGCAGCCAAGUCCUGUACGACUGCCCCCGAGGACACCCCGUCAAGGGCCCUACCUCUGCCAUCUGCCAGGAAAACGGACAGUGGUCUUCGCCUCCUCCCAGAUGCAAGGAAGACAACUGCAUCCCCCCCGCCGCCCCCGCCAACGGUACCGUCACGGGCGAGGGUCCCUUCCACGCCGGGGACAUGGUCGUCAUCAAGUGCAACCCGAACUUCAUGCUGGAGGGCCAGUCGCUGAUCGUAUGUCAGGAGGACGGGACGUGGUCGGAGGAAAUUCCCAAGUGUUCUCUGGCCUGCACGUACCCGGGCACCAUCAUCUCGGGUAUCAUGAGUCCCAUCAAGUUCUAUUACCCGAUCAACGACACCAUUACUUACACGUGUAAUCCUAGAAACGUGCUACGAGGCGUGCGGUCCAUCACGUGCAUGGAGGGGGGCAAGUGGUCUGCCCCCGUGCCCACGUGCAUCCCGGAGGAGGACUUAAAGAGAGACGAAGCUGGCCGUGGGUUAGAAAACGCCCCUGGAUUCGAGUUUUUAGUCAGACUCUACACCCGUGGUAUCGAACACGUGCACAUAUAG